UUUAAGCUCAGUUUUGGGUUUUUCACAAAAUCACGCCUCCUUCCCUUCCUCGCCUUCUUGUUCUCCCGCGCAGACCAAAAUCUGAACCAGCCACGCUUACCUUCGUUGCAACAAUGGCGGACGAAGAAGACGCUCUCUCAUCAAACCCUAACGAGGCUCCAAACCACUCGGAAGAAUCCCGGCAAAGGAAGCACGCUGCGCUGCUUGAACGCCUCGCGAAUCGCCACCAGACUCGUCUCGAGAACUCCCUCACCCGCCGAUCCGCUGAUUCUGACUCGUCCUCAUCGUCCCCUUCCUUCGAGUCGACCUCUUCCUUCCUCUCUCGCUUUGCCGAUUCCAAGCGCUCCAUCGAGUCCCGAAUCGCCCAGUGCCGACUCACCCCAACCUCCGAGUCGACUCAGCUCAAAUCUAACCUGGACAGCAUCUCCGCCUCCAUAUCCGAUCUCGAGAAGCUCGUCGCCGAGAACUCCUACUUCUUGCCGUCGUACGAGGUCCGAUCCUUGCUCAAAGCGAUCUCCGAUCUGAAACAGAGCCUUGAGAGUUUGAGCUCCGAGUUGGUCCCGAAGAAGAAAUUCAUCUUCAAGAACAAAGCGGCGAAGAAAGAGAAAGCUCCAAUUUUCGAUUCAAUGAAAGAGAAGGAACCUGAAACCGACAAGCCUGCGAAGGUCGGUUUCACCGUUCCGGAAUCGCCUGGGUUUCGGAACAAGACCGGCGAGGUUUUGGUGAGAGAAUUCAAGGGAUCGGAGAUCGGAGAAUUCACGAUUUCGGACCUUGAUUCGUGCGAGGUGAGGCUGAUUGGCUGCGUCAGAGCGUUGUUUGCUCACCGGCUUCGGAACUGUCGAAUCUUCGGAGGCCCUGUGUCGGCUUCAAUCCUGAUUGAGGGAGCUGAGGAUUGCGUGUUCGUAAUCGCAUCGCAUCAGAUUCGCAUUCACCAUGUGAAAGCAAGCGACUUUUAUCUCAGAGUCAGAAGCAGGCCGAUAAUUGAGGACACUACCAAUGUGAGAUUCGCACCUUAUUGUUUAAGCUAUGAAGGGAUUGAUGAAGAUCUUAAGAGUGCCGGGCUUAAUGAGGAGACAGGGAAUUGGGCCCAUGUGGACGAUUUCGGGUGGCUGCGGGCAGUUCAGUCGCCGAAUUGGUCGAUUUUACCGGAAAAUGACAGGAUUGGGUUGAUUAAGAUUUCAGAUCCGAAUAAAGGAGCAGAGAAAAUCUAGUGUUGUGUUGAAGUUUGAGUUUGGUCAAUUUUGUUGCCCCUAAUGAGUGCUCAGAUUGUUUGUCUCUGAAAUGGCUCGUUCAGUUAUGAGAGUUCAGGCAUUUCCAAAUUUUACUUCUACUGAGCAAGAGUAUCUCCAUCGGCUAUUUAGUCAGGAGGAAUUUGAAUCGUUGUCUUGAAACACAGGUAUUUCUUCUUCAUGAUGUUGCUUUGUAAUGUUAUUACAUAUGUAUUUGUGCAUAAGAACUCUCACAUAAUUUGCGGUUGUAUGCAGAGUUCUUUUUUUUUCUUUUUCCUUUUGUCUUCUUAAUCUUGAUGCUUACAAAUUUUUAAUGCGCUACAAUGAAAAAUAGUAAGAUGAUGCACAAAAAUAGUUUCAAGUGCAUAAACCGACAUGGAGUUCAUUUGUGGUAUUUGGUUCGCACGCUGUGCUACUGUUCUUGUUGCACAGACUCUGUUGUGUUGAUCCAUUAUCAUGCAUAGCAUAAGGAAAUAGAUUUCGAUUUUACGACAGAGAAAAGGUUAUGCAGAGUAGCUUAUGGGUUUGACAUGUCUCCAUGGAGCAUAUUGUCGAUUUUGUCACAAAGAGUAUUGACACUCGUCAUCUUAAAUAGUAAGAUCACUGUUCAGAGUCCAGAUAAAUAGAUAAUGCAGAAAAGGAUCUAAUCCAAAAAAAAAAAAAAAAAAUUGUCUCAACCAAUUCCAACCG